CAAAAAGAGUGCACGCACUGAUGGCCAGUAACACCGCCAACGACAAGUCCCUAAACCAUUCGUCCCCGACUUUUACUCUCCGUGUUUCGCAAGCGGGGCUCGUUCUUCUGUGCACAGAAGCCGCAUCACCGGCUUCCUGUUGGCGACACCAUUCGUUAGACAAUGUGAAGGAUAUCCAACGUCGUCUGCUACGGUCAACUAGAUCCAAUGUCUGCGCUGGGGAGUAUGCGAGUAUGACCAUCGCGGGUGGCGGAUUGUUGUUAGAAAGUCGCUCAAAGAAAAGGAGCGAGCGAAUGUGAGGGAGAGAGAGAGAGGAAUUUGAAGGCAAAUAGGCAAAUGCGCUUAGCCUGAGCCACGUUCUGUGGUUGUAGGUGGGUGAAGCUUAUCCCGUAGCAGACUCGAAAAGAUAUCCCGGAUAUGUAAACAUGAGAGAACGUCCGUAGGUAGUAGUCAAGGUGGGGUUCAACUAUUGUGUGUUUGUGCUAUAGCGAUUGUGCAGAGGCACAGUGCCUGCUACGGGCUCCUGUACGGGACCACUGAAUCGCGUUAAAGAGUCUUUUGCCAUGCUGUAUCCGGUUGGUGAUCAAUGUCACGCCAGAGAUAACUAGUCCUAAUUGAACAGGAUUUCCUUUUUGGUGAAUAUGUGACAGAAAUUGCCCAACUAAGUGGUCCACUCAGAGCGAUCUUAGCUAUUGGGGUUCUCCCAUUGUCCACCGUUCAUUUUCGUGUGCGUUGCGCCGCGUUUUGUGAGGCGUGCUUAAAGCUGAACUAGAGAAUUUCGCCGAGAGUCGCAAAAUUCUCGUGUUGUUGGAUAGUAAUAGUCGCAGUCAGCAAAACGGGAGUGAGAUAGGGUGAAAGUAGUGCAGUGUACCAGCUCUGAUCGAGUGUACUCGUUGAAUUUCGUUGUGGGUGCAAUCGAAUUUAAUUGCCAUGAACGGGGCGGCGUGACACGAGCCAAGUGCCGCACGAGCCGCUGCCGCCGCUGCUGCUGCCGCACGAGCUAUUGCAGACGUCGGUUCGGCAGCUGCAGCAGCUGUUGCUGGCGCGGUAGAGAGGCCGCGGGAGCUCUGCAUUCGAAAGUCCGUGAACGUUGUGGAUCAACAGCCGUGGACUAUCGAGUGCAGUAAGCCCUGUACGUCGUCUGUCAGUGGCGCUGUAGGAAUAAUGUGCCAGAAGAACUGCCGCGGUGAGUGCGACUGCGAGCCAACUGGACAGUCGAUGGGUGGAGGUCAACGCAGCUCGAAGAGUGACGUCCGAAUCCUGCUCGUGGGCGAUCCGGGCGUUGGCAAGACAUCACUGAUUCUCAGCCUUGUCAGCGAGGAGUUCCCUGAGGAUGUUCCUCCGCGCGCAGAAGAGAUUACCAUACCCGCUGAUGUUACCCCGGAGAAGGUACCCACCCAUAUCGUUGACUAUAGCGUCCAGGAGCAGACGGAUGAAGAGCUUAACGAUGAGAUUCUCAAGUCGAACGUCAUCUGCGUCGUGUAUUCGGUCGUGGACGAUUCCACUAUCGAACGCAUCACCGAGUACUGGUUGCCGCUGAUUCGCCAUGUACUUGGUGAGGAGCACAGGACACCUGUCGUUCUUGUCGGCAACAAGGACGACCUGGUUGAGUAUUCUUCCUUGGAACUUACGCUGCCGAUAAUGAAUCAGAACCAAGAGGUAGAAACCUGCGUAGAAUGUAGUGCCAAGACGCUGAAGAAUAUUUCCGAAUUGUUCUACUAUGCACAAAAGGCCGUUCUCCAUCCAACCGGCCCGCUAUACAUACCUCAUGAACGAGAAUUAACCGAAAAAUGUCGACAAGCCCUAACACGAGUGUUCAGAAUCUGUGACUUCAAUAAUGACGGCGCGCUCAAUGACCACGAACUGGACCAGUUCCAAAGACGAUGCUUCAAUACCCCACUUGAACCGCAGGCGAUGCAGGAUCUUAAGUUGCUUGUGUCCCGCCAACUACCUGAGGGCGUCAAGGAAAAAGACGGCGACCCCAAGUAUGGCGGACUUACAUUAGCAGGGUUCCUGUUUCUCCACAAAUUGUUUAUUCAGCGCGGGCGCCAUGAGACAACAUGGACAAUCUUACGCAAGUUUGGCUACGACGACUCGCUCUAUCUAAGCCGGGAUUACCUUUUCCCGAAGAUUCGGGUGCCAGCCGGCAGUACGACGGAACUGACCCCAGAGGGAUGCAAUUUUUUGAGGACACUAUUUGAUAAAUACGACACAGACCUGGAUGGCGCUCUAUGUCCGAACGAACUGGAACAGCUGUUUCAGGUCUGUCCGGUUAUUCCGUGGGGUCCUGAUAUGAUUUACACUGUAGCUACCAAUGAGCGUCGCUAUAUUACCAAAGCUGGCUAUAUGGCCAUGUGGACCCUAACUACAGCGCUCGACGUUACUAAGACCAUGGAGUAUCUUGCCUAUCUGGGAUUCAUGACAGUUACCGGCGAAGAGAGUCAACUAGCAGGCGUUCAAGUCACCCGGGAUAAACAGUUAGACCUACAGCUAAAGCAGACGAUGCGAAUCGUGUUUCAUUGUCACGUUAUUGGGCCACAGGGCGCCGGCAAGACUUCAUUUCUUCAAGGAUUUCUCGGCCGAAACGCUAGCCAGACGGAAGCCAUACCUCGAGCCCACCUGCCACGGUACACCGUCUCUUCCGUGCCGGUCUACUCUCAGGAAAAAUAUCUUGUGCUACACGAAAUUGACAUCUUUGGCAUGCAAGAUCACCUUACACCACCGGAACUUCAUUGUGACGUUGUCUGUCUUUUAUACGAUGCGUCCAAUCCGAAAAGUUUUGAAUACGUUGCCUGUAUCUAUCGCAAGUACUUUGAGAAAAGCCGAGUUCCUGUGCUUGUCGUAGCUUCCAAGUGUGAUCGGAGCCAGGUGACGCAGGAGUUCGCGCAGCAGCCUGAGGAGUUUUGCUCGCUGCAUAAGCUUCCCCCACCACAGAUGUUCACUACAACCCCCGGUGCGGCUGGUGAGUCCGCGAAAGUGUCACGGGAUAUUUACGUCCGUUUGGCGACAAUGGCGGCAUACCCCAAUCUCAAGAGACUGGUCCAUGUGCUACAAAGCCGCCCCAGUUGGAUUGGGGAGUACACGAACCAGAUGUUGGAACUGCCGCCGGAGGUGACAGCGUGGAUGAAAGUCGGCCUGGGGGCUGCUGCGGUCACCGUUAUGGGACUCUUGCUCAUGAGAACACUGAAGAACGCCAACACUGCGAACUGAUCGAUGAUGGACGGAUGUACACAUAUAGAGAAGCGUUGCAUGUAUUGACGCAAAACAGUUCACGCACCGCCGCACGCCCAUUAUGCAACCGAUGCUGACGAUAAACAUUGUUCAACAUUACCAGUAUCACAAAAAAAAAAUCGCUACCCGUGGAGGUCAGGGCAAACCGAUUCAUCGCUGUUGAUCUCUCCUGCACCGUCGUCCUACGCAAAAUACACCAAACUGCGCCGUUUAAGCUGUCGAUCACCACCGAUGAUAACAUGGACAUUACAUUACAGGCACACACACAUACACACGUUGAUACUUGGUCGAUUGUUGAAAAACUGAUCACCGAUCACGAUAGCUUGUCCAUACAGCCAGCCAACCAAGUCGGUAUUUGACACCAUUAACAAUAAUAACCGAACCGUCUACCAAAAAGCGAAAAUUUUCUGUAAAAAAGCCGUCGCGUGUAGUUUAAGAACUCUCACAGAGAUUAUACGAACUCAUGUGACUUUCCAGGCGUUAUCUUAGUUUAGUGCUCGCGGGAUACUGCCGAAAAUGCUAACACGUGAGUUCUGAAGGGGGGGUCUAGGGACAAGUGGAUUUUAUUUGUACAGUUGUUGGUAGACGACCUUACCGCUUGCUUUUUCUUCUAUUUAAUUUACGGAGUCUGCCGUUGACAGGGAAUUGUUUCAAGAUAUGCAAGCAAAAAGAAGCAAAAGACAAUAGAGUUGGUGUAGUGACCUGUAGCUGCAGAUCCGUAGCUUCUUACCUAACUGAUUCUGUAGGAAUGUAGCGCACAAGCAGCAACAGCGACAGGUUCCGUAUCUUUUUUUGAGUGUUUUAAUAACAACAGAAACCGCAUGUUUUCUGAAAAUGUUAAUUCAUCACCUGGCUUUUUCUCUUGCAAUUAUUACCGCUAUUAUUAUUACUGUUUCUCUUAAAUCUACUGAUGAUGGUGGCAACAAACUGCUUGCAUAGUCCCGUGAGUCGUCAGCCCGGGUCUUUCACAACUACGUGGUGUAAAUCGGAUUUGUAUUCAACUACAGGGCGGAGAGUGAUGUGAAAAGGUUGUCUGUUUUAGUAGUGAGAAUUGAAUGCUUGCAGGCCGGUGAGUUUACAUUAGAACCCUGCAUUCUCUGCGUAUCCCCGUAGUAGUCCUUUCUGAGUCAUAUUUGAAUUCUACAAACGUGCAGGGAUCCUGCACAGAUGUUCAGUUUUAGACGAUUAUACAAAAAAAAAAUCAAGGUGAGUAACAGAGAGUAAAAAUAGCGGUUCCGAAUGUCGUAAACUGCCGAAUCCUGUAAUACUUCAGCUUAGUUGAUUUUUUUUCCAAUUUAACCGCGUCUGUUAUUGUAUAGUUUUUUUUUUCUUGAAACUAUACUUGUCUUAGUUAAUUAUUGAGUAGAGUGUCAAGCAGUUUAAUAGCUAGAGUCAGCGACGGUAGUAGUACAAUGGAAACGAAGUCGACGCGCCACUGUAAUUAGUAAAGUUUUCUCUUGAUUAUUGUAUGUUUUUUUUAGAAACACAGUUUUUGUUGCUAGCAUUCUAAAGAAGAUAUGGGAUGUGCAAGACAGGUACUAUCUAAGCGUAAAGGACUGAUACAGGCUAAUCAUUUUCUAUGCAAUUUCUAUGAUGAGUAACAAAGAAGAUAGAGCUUAUUGUAACAGUUCGACUGUUCUGGUUUUAGCCUGUCGCAAGAUGAGCGCACCCAGAGAUCUAGCCUGGUGCUUUGCCGAGCUAUAACAUAGCUAAUCCAAUGGAAGAAAAUUCUAUCUCUUGGUUUGGUCAACGUAGGUACUUAUAUGACUGGGAAGGAACGACCUUUUCUUUGCAAAUAAAAUCUUUUUCGAAAACACUACACCGUUAAUGAAUAACUUUGAUAUUCAAAAAGUGGUGCCCAGUCUUUCUGUGUCGCAAGUCAGAGCAGAGCGCAGAGAUAACCGAUGCUCUGUGUAACGGCGAUUUUUGUAUCGCAUCCAGGGAAAAUCGUCAGGAUCCGAAAGAAGCGGAAAACAACAGGACGUACGAUUGGAAAACAGUACAUAAACGAGACUAUGUACAGUAGAAAUACACAACACUUAGGCGUAUCAGAUAACUUGGCACGAUGUCACUAACGAAAACACGCACGCCCACACGGGUGAACGGGACAGAAGUUUAAAAAAAAAAAA